AUGAGAAAAGUCAAUAAAACCUUUAUUGCAAAUCGAGUUUCCGAAAUCCGAGAAGUAACAAAUCACUCGCACUGGUAUCACAUACCUGCCGAUGAAAAUCCAGCUGAUGCCAUCACAAGAGGGGUCUACAAUAUGCACGAGCUAGAACUUGCAGACUGCAAAAUAUCUUGGAAGUCUGGCCCGAAUUCUUUGCAGGGCAACGAAAGCCUUUGGCCAUCCAUAGAAAUACUCUCAUUGGAUGAUAAAGAAAUCAAGAGAAAAACAGUGUUAAUUAUUGCGGCUGACAGAAAAGAAAUGAUAGUCAGUUACGAAAAUUAUUCUACAUUCGAUAAACUAAUCAGAAUCUUAAGUUGGAUUGACCGCUUUGUAAAAAGCUGCCGUGGGAAGGUGAAAUUAAUGAUGCCGCUAUUACCACAGGAGGAGAUUACGAAUGCUAAGAGAGUCGUAUUUCGUGACGCCCAAAUACCGUUCAGACAAGAGAUUCAACAAAUCAGGGAUGGAUCUGCUGUGUCGAAAAAAAGUAAACUUGCUCCAUUUAAACCAUUUCUUGAUAAAAGUGGAAUCAUCAGAAUAGGAGGAAGACUGAAGAAUGCUCAAAUUCUAUUUGAUGCCAAGCACCAAAUUAUCCUACCAAACAACCAUGUCGCACAAUUGGUUAUCAGGAAACACCACCUUAGGUGCGGGCAUGCAGGAGUUAACCAAGUGUUGUCCGAAGUGAGGCAAACACUGUGGAUUUUGAAUGGUCGCGUAGCAGUAAAACGCGUGAUUCAAAAAUGCAUCGACUGCCAGAAGUUUAGGUCAAAGGCUCAAAUCUCAGUGAUGGCGGAUCUCCCAAGACAUAGAAUCGACUUGGAAAAGCCUCCCUUUACAAAUACGGGAGUAGACUUUUUUGGACCACUAUUAAUAAAGCAGGGGAGAAAGAGACUCAAGCAAUGGGUGUCGUUGUUUACAUGCAUGACAAUUCGUUGCGUACAUCUCGAACUGGUAGAAAGCUUAGAAUCGGAUGACUUUCUAAACUCGUUACAAAGAUUCAUCAGUAGAAGGCAAAAGCCAAAAUUGAUAAUUUCCGAUUGUGGCACAGAUUUUAAAGGUGCCUCGAACAAACUUAAGCAAGAGCUGAAAAAACUGGGUCAUCAAAAUUUUGAAAAUUAUUGUUUCGGCCUACAAAUUGAAUGGAGAUUUAACCCACCACCUGCUCCCCACAUGGGCGGCGCUUGGGAGCGACUUGUACGAACAGUGAAAAACACAAUGAAAUUUCUGACUAAGAAUCUAGUUUUGACCGAUUUCCAGCUGAUGACUCUGUUGGCGGAGACGGAAAAUAUCGUCAACAGCCGACCACUUACACAAGUUAGUGACAAUCCUAGCGAUUUUCAAGCUGUGACUCCAAAUCAUCUCCUGAAAGGGUUUGGAAGUCCCAAUUCUUCACUGUCUUUAGACAAAAAUGCUGAUCUUCCACAAAGUUUCAGAAGAUGA